AUGGCCAUUGAGAUUUUCCCGACGAGCCGGCUUAACGCUUUCCUUUCGUUCCGGCGUGACGAGAUCAGGUUCUUGCUCCGGAGCCUUAACGCAAUCUCCUCUAAUGGAUUCGCCCGAGUGGAGCUGAAGUCCAAGCUCAAUGAGCUCACUUUCAACAACAUCAUGAGAAUGAUAGCCGGGAAGAGAUACUACGGCGACGAACUGUAG